CGUAUAAAAAGAACUAAUGAAUCAGUUUUGAUCAAAAAAACGAAGCAUGAAGAUCUGGCUUAGUUUUGUACUACUUGGGGUUUGCACCACAGCCUUACCAUUUCCCCAAAAAAAUGGAGAUGCGCUUGGACCAAAAGAUUCAAAACUCCAAAUAGGAGCAGAACAGUAUAAGAAAUUACUUGGUCAUAUGAAGGACUUUGUUUCUUCGUUGCAAAAUCUACCGAAGAUUGAACUUGAUGACCUAAGUGAUAUAGAUAAGUUGGAGAAAACUUUAGAGAAUAAAGAUAUUAAACGUAUAACAGAGCUGUUAAGGAACUUUAUCCUGGGUGUGCAAAAAUUACGUGCCCAUGCAGAGGGAGCUUCUGAUGCUAAACCAGCUGCUAAUGCUAAAGCAGCAGCUGAUGCUAAGCCAGCCGAAGUACCAAAAUAAAUUUUGUGAAUUUACAAAACUAAAAGCAAAAUAAAUAAAUUGUUAUUU